CUAAUGCUAUCUCCGAUGCUUGUUAUCAAGCACAUGUACGUUGUGAGGCGAUGUUGGGAUGCGCGACGAGAUGGACGGAUGUUAUUGCGCAAACUAUUACGGUUCGAUCCGUUGCAACAAUGUGGUAAUGAGGUUCGGUGACCGAUGCAAGAUGUGCAUGUUGCAAAAGAGCGGUGCUUCACUCAGCCGUGGUCUCCUACCCGAGCAUAUGGACCUCUGGAUAGGAUCCUCUUCGACGCGACUGGCUAAGAACACGGCUAGUUCUAGGAGUAGCUCUCAAAGUUCAGCGAGGUCUUCGCAGCAGUCGUUGUUAGACAGAAGGCAGUGAUUGGUUGGAGUGCUUGGUACGAUCCGAGAAACAUAGACGUCUGCGGAAUGACUCUCGAGAAAGAGGAAGGAACGGGCAAGCGGGGAACAGGUUUACAAGGCCGCAAUAAUUGGGAACACGACACUGAAAGAAAGAUGAGGAGAUGCAGCGGAUGCAUUGAUGAGGAUUCGGAACUGGGUAAAACAAACCAGCUUGAACUUGACUGAAGGAAGGUCGGGCAGCGAAAGGGGUGCUUUCCUCGAUGCAGGGCUCAACUAUCUCUCCAUCCUUCCAAUUUGAGCAGCUAGGGAAGGCGUUUGGUACAAGGGGGGGCGUUUUGAUCGAAAAAGUAAUCGCUUUUUUUUUUUGGGGGGG